AUGUUCGUAACAAGCUCUAUGAUGCCACCAGGCGCAGAACGUGCCGUCAGACUCCGUGGAAGCUGUAUUCAAUGUCGCAAACGCAAAAGAAAGUGUGACAAACUACGACCAGCUUGCAGUCUCUGCCAACACAACAAAAGCGAGUGCCAAUAUGAUACGUUCCAAGCUUACGACUCUACAGCCCCCCAUCGGCGCCGUAAAAGAAAACAACCCACCACCGCAGACCUAAAAAAGAACCAAGUCUCGGAUCCUCAACAACAGCAACAACAGCAACAACAGCAACAACAGCAACAACAAAUGCAACUGCCAUCUUCACAAAUCCCACUACAAACAAUACCAACAAUACCAACAGUACAAACAGCACCAGUAAACCAACCUGAAUUUAAAUCCUUCACCUUUCAAAUCACAACCCCAGGACCAUCUCAAAUACCUCCAAUCUACACCUCCCAGCAACCUUCUAGCAUAACCCCUCACACUAAUUGCCCCCCAGCCCAACAAGGUCCUGACUUUAAUGCUCUCCCUGAUAUCGCCACAACCUUUCCCCAAAUCCCUCAUCCUAUCCCUACAUCCAUAUCAACAUCAACAUCCUCAGCCACAGCCACAACCACAACCACAACCACAAUCAACGAACCUUUUCCAAAAAGUCCUACUCUCUCCAUUGCAGGCCUCCUCUCACAGAACCCCCCAGUGGCACCCCCAAUCAUGUCUCUCUCAUCCCUUAUCCGUCUUUCCACAUGCGAACCAACACAAGACCUCCCAGUAGACCAAUCCCUUAUCCAAUCAUUCCCCCGCUCAUACUCAAUCUCUUCAGUCUCAUCCUUCUCCUCAGAUGGAUCCGACCAAGCUUCAGACGAAUCAACCCAAGCAUCCUCAUCCUUAACCUCAGCCUCCAACCUUCCCUUCAACAAAAACUUUGUCGUCUUUCCAGUCACUAGAGACCUCCCUCCCAACUUCUCUGUAGACUCCUACAUGGAUGUCCGCAUCCCCUCCUCUCUCCGCUACCUCUGGUCAUUUUAUCUCCAAAAAACAUCCCGCUUCUGCGCUAUCCACGACUUUGAAACCCCCUUCCUCUCCUCAAUCGUCCCAAUGGCCGCCAAAAACGAGGCUCUUCAACAAUCUCUCAUGCAGCUCUCGGGAAUCUAUCGAAAUAAAAUCCUUGGCUAUAACGAUUCAAACUAUGACCGCACAAUGAUCAAACUUAAUGUCAAGUCUGUCCGUGGUUUACGCAACCACAUCGUCACAGCAAGCCUCUCAACUGCUGAUGCCCUUGUUGGUAUAGCCACCUGUCUUAGUCUCACUUGUUGCGCAAUUGGCGAAAAUAACUCUGAAAGUUACAAUGUCCAUCUCUUUGGCGCCCUCAUGCUUGCAACCCAAGUCCUAAUCCCUAACCCACGCUUUGUAAUGUCUGCAGACGCUUGGUUUCUUUUCAAGUGGACUACCUACUCUCUAGUCCUUGUUAACCUUAACCUUCUUCCAUGUCCAGAUCAGCUCCUCCAAGCAAAAGCUCAUAACCUUCCAGCCAUGAUCAAACUGUACAACUGGUGGACAGAAAAUGCUCUUGCGGACCCUGAAUACGAGCUCCCUGUAGACUCCUUUUAUGGUUUUGGUACCCAACUUUCCCCCUUGCUUCUGCAAUUCAACAUUCUGGCUUACCGCAAAGCCUUGGCUGGUAUCAAUCCGGAUGUCUCCCAAAGAAUUGUCUCAUUAGACACACCUUCCUCUCUUAUAGAACCACCAACGCAGCAUGAAAUCGACUCUCUUGAGGCCCAGCUUUGGUAUAUCCACGAACAUAGCGUCUUGGCGCGCUACUCAGAGUACACCAGCAACCGUAAGGCAGACCUUGACUUGCUCCAUUGCAACAACGCCUUCCAUUCUGCGGCCUUGCUCUGGCUCUACACUUAUCUCAAGCCCCACGACCGCUUUGCCCGCGAACAGCGCGUGCCUCAUUUGGUUGCCUCUGUGCUUCAGGAAGUUAUGGCCAUCAACCCUGCAUGCCGAACUGCAGCUGCGUUACUCUUUGUCAUAUACAUUGUAGGAUCGUACGCACAAAGUGACCAGCGCACAUUUGUACAAACCCACCUCGAGUCCAUGCGCACCACAUGUCUAUCUAGCGUCUCAGCUGUGCUGGACGCGCUCCAGUUGAUUUGGCAGCUUCGCGAUGCUGUGCCGGAAAUGGACAUGGUUGAGUGUCAUCGGAAGGUUCAUGAUGCUGGUAUCAAUGUGUGUCUUUAUUGA